AUGGAGGUCGACACCCCAAGUGCUACUGAACUUGAGGAAAUGAAGCACCCGUUUCAGUAUCCCAUGGUUUUCUCAUCCAAUGGUCCGUCUCAAGCUCCGAUCAGACAAUACGCAUCGUUACGUAAUCCUCCGGUUGCCCUUGAAGACCGUCUAGGUUUCAGCGGUGAGCGCAAUCGCCCUCACCGGCUCGAACUCGAUCAAGCUCGACUGUAG